CGUUCGUCGUCGUUGUCACCGAGACCUCUCCAGUCUCCUAAUCCGAUGGAGCCUCCGCCUGCAUCCUCCGCACCUCCACCGUCGUCAUUGCAACAACGACAACGAUACGUGACAGCUCCGAUUUCGAAUUCAGCAGCGUCUCCGGCGAUGGUUUCAACGACGACCGAAGGUGUAAUUCAGAACAUGGCGUCUCAGAGUCCAGCCAUCGGAGCUCGGAUCCCGUCUCCUUCUCCGUUGGAACAGCAGACACAGAGUCAGCAACUCGCUCGAACUCAGCAGUUGCCUAUUAUGCAGCAAUCACCAAUGUCGAAUUACCACAUAGCUCCAUCCCCUUCCGUUAACCAAAUUCAGCAGCAGCAAGGUCAAUACGGCGGCGUUUUGAGGCAGCAAGGUCAAUACGUUGACGUUUUGAGGCAGCAAGGUCAAUACGUCGACGUUUUGGGGCAGCAAGGUCAAUACGGCGACGUUUUGAGGCAGCAAGGUGAGAUGUACGGGACGAUGAACUUUGGUGGGUCAGGCCAAAGCGGCCACUUGUCAAUGCUUAACGGUGGAGCUGGAGCAGCCCAGAUGAAUAUUCACCAAUCCCAAUCAUUGCUACCUUCCUCGCCGAGGCAACAAUCUGGUCUAGUCCAUGGCUCUCAGUUUCAUCCAGGAAGUUCUGAACAACAGUUACAUGGGAUUGGGGUGAUGGAAUCAUUGAUUUUGAGGUCGCAAAUGAGAGCUAACCCUGCCCUCUAUCCUCAGCACCGAACCAACCUGGGACUAAUGAGAUCACAGCAACACGUUCUUACUUUACCUCAGGUCCAGAACUUCCAGAGAACACCUUCUCUCGCAUUCAUCAAUGCUCAGCUAUCUGGUUUGGCCCAGAAUGGACAAGCUGGUAUGGUUCAAAACUCAUUGACGCAGCAGCAGCAAUGGCUGCAGCUAAUUUCUGAAAUAAACAGCCCCAAUUCACAAUCAUUCCGGCUUCAACCGAGUCAAAGGCAGGCUCUACUCUUACAGCAGCAGUUUCCCUCUGCUCAGCUGCACCAAAACUCUAUGCCUUUGAAUCAGCAGCAAAUAUCGCAUAUUAUACAUCAACAAUCACAGAUGAACCAGGCUCAGAUGAACCCAUCUCAACUACAACAGAUGCCGCAACCCCAACAGCAGCAAAUGCCAAUAAAUCAACAACAGCCAUCUCCAAGGAUGCCGAGUCAUGCAGGACAGAGAUCUGUUGGUUUAACAGGCUCACAACCAGAUGCGACACAGCCGGGUGCAACAACACCAGGUGUUGUUAGGUCCAGCCAAGGACCAGAAGCAACAAACCAACUGCUUGGCAAAAGAAAAUUACAGGAUCUGGUUUCACAGGUGGAUGCACAUGCUAAAUUGGAUCCUGAUGUUGAAGACCUCCUUUUGGAGCUAGCAGAUGAUUUCCUUGAUUCGGUUACUUCAUUUGCAUGUAGAUUGGCCAAGCAUCGUAAAUCAACCGUAUUGGAGCCAAAGGAUGUAUUACUCCACUUAGAGAAAAACUUGCAGUUGACAGUUCCUGGAUUCUCAAGUCAGAAUAAACACCAAACAAAAAACGUACCAACUGAUCUCCACAAGAAGCGAAUUGCAAUGGGUCAAAAGCUGCGUGCUUUGGUGGAAUCGUCACGACCGGGGACGAAUGCAAGCAACUCGAAGGAAACUAUUAGACAAGUGAUGGUGAACCCAAAUGGUGCAAACCAUCUCUUAAGACCAUCUCCCACUUCAGAGCAAUUGGUUUCGCAGACAUCGGGUCCUCGUAUGUUACGACAUAUGAAACAUUGACCUUCAACACAUCUAUAAAGAGAGUGAAGGCACAAGGAGUCAGUCAAAUUGUAUAUAUUCUCAUAUAAUUUAGUCUUAUAGGCAAAUUGAUUAGAUUUUCUAAGUUGAUCUUAUUAUUACAGCUUUUCAAAAGAAUGCAUGUCUUCUAUUUAUCGUCUCUUUGUGUGGUC